CAAACUGCACACACUGGCUUGGUUGCCACUCCACCCAUUCCACAGAUGCAGUGUGGGUGUUGUCACAGGUGUCUAGGUGUGCCAGCCUCCCAAGCAACAUUUCAAGGCAGAGACUCGGAAAGCAGACAAUCAGAUCUGAUCAUGUCAUUCUUCAAGAAAAUCUUUAAGAAAAUCAUCCACAACAAGUCUGACGAUGACUCGGACGGACAUGAAGGAAAAGCUCAUGUGAAGCCGUAUCAUGGAACAAUUACCCCACACCCUAACUUUAAUCCCAGUGUGGACGCAGCAGCUCUGUGCAAGGCUAUUGAGUCAAGAGAUGUGGAUGAGGCUACCAUAAUAGAGCUUAUGGUGAAGAGGAGCAACUCCCAGAGGCAGCAGAUCAAAGCUGUGUACCAGCAGCAGACUGGAAAGUCUCUGGAGGAAGCUAUCAAGUCUGCAUUACGGUCAGACUUUGAGAAUGUCGUCUUGGCUUUACUUAUGACUCCAGUCCAAUAUGAUGCCUAUGAACUGAAACAUGCCAUGAAGGGUUUUGGUACUUGUGAGUGUGUCUUGAUAGAAAUCUUGGUGUCCAGGUCAAAUGAAGAAGUCAGAGCGAUUAAGAAGAUCUUUAAAGAUGUCUAUGAUGAAAGUCUGGAGCAAGACAUUAAGAAUGACACAGGUGGAGAUUUACAGGAAGCCUUGCUAGCCCUUUGCAAGGCUGACCGGUGUGAGGAUACUGACAUUGAGGACAGCAUUGCCAAAAGUGAUGCCAGGGCUCUGUAUGAAGCAGGAGAGAAUAAGAGAGGAACUGACACCUCCGUCUUCAUUGAUAUUUUCACCUCCAGGAGUGGACCCCAGCUCUGCAAAAUAUUCAAGUUCUACAGUCGGUAUGGAGAGUCAACAUUGGUUAAAGUAGUUGAUGAGGAGCACAUUGGAGACAUUGAUGACUGUCUCAUGGCCUUGGUGAAGUGUGCCUGGAAUAUGCCGGCCUACUUUGCUGAGAAGCUUCAUCUGGCAAUGAAGGGUUUUGGGACCAAUGAAGACACCCUGACUAGAAUCAUUGUGAGCCGUUCUGAGGUGGACCUGAAGAAGAUCCUAAUAGAGUACAAGAGGAUGUUUGGCAGAAGUCUGCAACAGGAUAUUCUGAAGGAGACUAAAGGCCAUUUUGAGAAGAUCCUUCUUGGUCUAUGUGGAGAUAACUAAACUUAGCCCAGUUUUCCUAAACAGAGAUGAAUAUGUUCCCUCUGUACGGUGUUGUAUAGAAAAUUAAUUUGCUGCAUUUUGAUAAGCCUCUGUUGUGGCCAAUGUAUUAUCUGUGUGUUAUUCAAAUAAGUGAAUAAAUACUUUCAAAUUAA